AUGGACGCGUUCUUCACCAUCGCUCCCCCCGUCCCCGUCGAGGCUCCCAGCGCCGACGCCCCCGUCGACCACGACGACUACGGCACCGGCGGCAACCACGGCGGCUGCACCAUCGCCUGGUAA